AUGAAAGUCUUUCCGUUGUUGCUGCUGCAGUGUGUUGCUAGUCUUUUCAUGGCUCAUGUGUUGAGCCUCUCCCAUCAUCAAGAUCUUCACUUGGUACACGCUCAACAACAACAACAAGAGGUAGAUUGGAGUUCUCUCACCUCCUCUCAGUUGCAUGCUCUUUCUCCGAGUGUUUUUGAAACAGCCAGUGCUUUCAAUAUUUCACAAAUUCCAUCCGAGGCUUGCAGUGGAUUUCGUUCCGAUCAAUUGAACCAGUUGAAUGGGGCAGCCUGUGCUGGUUUCAUAUCUACGGAUUGUUUUAUGAACAUCUCGGGAGAAGCCUUCUCAGGUAUUUCCUCGAAUUGUUUAAUUAAUAUUCUGCCUUCCACCAUCAAAGUCUUAACAUCGGAUCAAUUGAGGAAUAUUCCUGCAAAUUCAAUGAUUGGACUCACUGCCACACAACUCAGUGUUUUGAACCCAGAUACUUGUAUUGGAUUUUCAGCAGCUCAAAUUUCCAAUCUGCAAUCAUCGCCCAUGUUUGAUAGUUGUUACGGAUUUAGUGAGGGAUGUUUUUUGAAUUUACCUUUAACGAGUUUGAAUGGAAUGAGUUAUUCAUGUUUGGCAUCCAUUCCGAAAAUGACUUUAAUUCGAAUGGAUUCCUCACGUUUUGCUUCACUCUCCAUGGAUACCAUUUCAAGUUUAAAGCCUGAUCUUUUCCAAUUGUUUUCAGGAGAGACAUGUGCUGGUUUCAAUGACAAGUCACUCUCUGUACUUCCCUAUGAUACCUGUCGAGCAUUUACAGAGAUGUGUUUUUCAUACAUGACACCACAAGCCAUUCAAGGAAUGCAGCCAUUGUGUUUGAGAAGUGUUCCUCGAAAGAGUUUGAGAGGGCUUGAUGCAGAUCGUAUACGAAUGUUGCCAAAUUUUGCCCUUAGUUUAGUGAAUCCAGAUCAAAUUAGUGAGCUUUACAUGUACAGACGAGGUGACAUAUUGAAUGGUCUUACCCUGUCACAAGCUCAAGCGAUUUCAACCAACACAAUUUCAGUCCUCAAGACCAUGUUUCUCAAUGGGGACUUGUUGGCCAAUGACAAUCUUCCACAAGAUUUUAGAAGAAUGAAUUGGUUGCACUUGAGUUCCACUGCUUCAGCCUAUACGAGUGCGAAAAUUACUCCAAGCUCAAUCAUACACAUGCCAACCUUUACGUUUGUUGGUUUUUUAGGAAUUCAAAUUCAACAAUUACCUGGCAACAUCUUUGAGAAUGCGACCGAUGGUCAAAUAAGCGCUUUUGAUUGUGAAGCUCUCAGUGGUUUAUCAGCGACACAAAUUUCAUUCUUGUCACCACGUUUGAUGUGCAUUGUGCAACCUAAAUUGUUUGAAAAUUGUGUCAAGACGAGCUCAAUCAUUGGCGUUACUACGGAGCAAUUUCUCGAAUCAUUCUCUUGUGGUCAAUUAUCGCUCUCAUGUCCUCAAUUCCAUGCUCUCUCCAAAUCACAAUAUAAUUUUUUGGUCUUCAUGAACCAGACCAACCAUCUCAUUGAUACAUGCGGUCCCAAUGUUUACAGUUCUGGCUCCUCAGUCAAACCACACCCCUCUCACUCUUCCGCUCACACAACAGCAUUAUUUUCGUGUGGGUUAUUAUUAUUUAUUUGGAUGCUUCUCAUUACUUUUUCCUUUAUUCAUUAA